CUCAAACUAAAACUCACGGACAGAAGACAGUGACGGAUAAAGACUCUCUCAGCUCUCAUGGCUCCAUUAAUGCUCCUGUUGCUCAUUCUGUCUGAAGCAGCUUCUGACGUGAUUGAGCUAACAGUUGAUCCUGGAGAUAAUGCCACUCUGCCAUGUCAGGCUGCUGAUUCCUCCAUCAGAGCUGUAGCGUGGAGCAGACCUGACCUGGAGCCAGAUAUCAUCCUCUAUUACAGCGAUGGACACCUGGAUCCAACCUACCAGAAUCCAUCCUUUAAGGACAGGGUGGACCUGGUGGACAGAGAGCUGAAGGACGGAGACGUGUCUUUAAUUCUGAAGAAUGUGAGCAGCAUCGACAACGGAACAUAUGAGUGUCGAGUUACAUCAGCUGAUUUCAGACGUAAAAAGAGAGCCGUCAUCGACUCUGAGCCAAUCAGAACCAUCCGUCUGCAGGUUACAGAGCCAGCAGAUCCAAACAGUGGAAACUCCAUGAAUGAAAACUCAAUGAAUGAUGUCCCUGAGGAUGGAAACUCCUCUCCUGGAGGCCGAUACCUUGGACUGGCAGCAGGUGUUCUAGUUGGACUGCUUCUUGUAGCUGCUGCAGUAGUUGGUGUCCUGAUGUAUAAAAGACAUAAGGACAAGAGAUCAGGACAACCUGCUGCUGCUGCUGAUGAUGAUGAAGCAUUGGGCGAUAAGCUAGUCUGACAACUCACGGAGCUCUUUACAACAGACAGUAUAUUAGCCUGUAUUUUUACAGACUUUUCUAAUAGUGGAUGAUUUAUACUGGCUAUUAAAAGAUCUCUUUUUAAUGCACUUAAGGCAGUAUGUGAUGGAGGACCGAAUCCACAGCUGUCCUUCCACGCAAAAAAA